AGGAAAUUCUGAAAUUGGUGGCCGUGACACAGCCUGAGGCUAGACCCUACGUACGCAUCCGAGAUAAUUUGCUAUCUCUUCAAGAACUACCUACUAGCGUUAGGCUGUAGCUGUAACCUCCGAAGGCCCUUGAAUUCUCGACUUCGAUGAUGUCACUUCGGUUUAAGCUCGUAUUUUUUGCCCCAAAAACUCACACCGCGGAGAUCCUGAGCAUGCUGUUCAAACACUGCCCAAAUGUGCUUGGUAAAAUUGGUCAGUAUCAGGAAUGCGCAUUCAUCACUCCCGGAAUUGGACAGUUCAGGCCAGGGCCAGAAGCUCAACCUGUUACUGGAGAGCCUGGCAAGCUUGAACACGUGGAAGAAGAUAGGGUGGAAAUUGUGGUCCAUGACCUAGGCGAAAAAGUACAGCUUAAAGAUGCGAUUCGUCGUUUGAAAGAGGCUCAUCCAUAUGAAGAGGUUGCUUAUGACGUCUACAAACUUGAAGACUUUUAGGCCAACGACUCGUUGUUUUCUUUAUUUGAAACACAACUAGGCUAAAUGGCGCAAUGCGCUUGCACUGAGUGC